AUGACCUUCGGUGUACAAUUUCAGGUGAAGAGCGUCGCAAUUAUUGGUGCCGGUCCUUCUGGUCUAGCAGCACUCUAUGAACUACUGCACACUUCUAGGGAGGGUACUUCCUCCGUGGGCGGUGCCUCAAGUGAGAGCCCUGCUUUCGAAGAAGUAGUAGUAUUUGAGCAAAAGAACAAAAGUGGAGGAAUUUGGGCACCAUACUACGAUGAUCCAGGAUAUCUCCUGCCACCCCAGGAUUUACUGGAGACUUCUCAAUAUAACAAUCCAGAUGUGAUCCAUCCUAAAGUGAAGCCUCCAAAGGGUAUUGAUGAAGCUACAUUUGAAAAGCCGAUUGAAGUUGAAGUUGCUGAUAGGGAACAGAAACUCCAAUGGGCCGCUAGUGGUGUAUAUGCUGAUUUAUUCACUAAUAUCCCUAGUAGAUUUAUGAGGUUUUCCUAUCUUCCAAAUCCUCAUAAUUCUAAGGAAAACAAUAUUUACCCUUUUAUUACCAAUCAAGAGGUAGAAUCUAGACUGAAUAACCUCAUAAAUGAAAACGAUCUGGAGAAACACAUUCGAUUGAAUUCUCAUGUAGAUAGUGUGGAGAAACUUGGCCAAAAAUGGGUUGUUACUGUCAAAGAAACGGGAGGUAGAAAAGCUAAAUGGUAUCGACAAUCUUUUGACGCAGUUAUCGUCGCCAACGGACAUUAUACUGUCCCCUACAUUCCCAAAACACCUGGGUUGGCGGAGUUCAACAAAGCCCACCCAGGUUCAAUAAUUCAUAGCAAGGCGUACCGGGAUCCUUCUAUAUUUGAUGGCAAAAAAGUUCUGUUUGUUGGAGGAUCUAUAACUUCCUUAGACCUUGUAAAGUAUGCAUUUCCCAGGGCUUCUCAAGUGACUAUUUCAAAAAGAGGGCCUCAUUUGGUUUUUCCGUAUAUCAAUGCAGCUUCUGAGUCCCAAGGGAUUGUGACGAAACCAACGAUUGAUAGAUUCGAUGCUAGUUCCAAAAGUGUCACCUUCUCAGAUGGCACGAAGGGUGAGUAUGAUCUAAUAAUAUUAGCAACUGGUUACCACUAUCAUUAUCCCUUCUUAAGGGACGCGUUAAAAGUGAUUGAUCCUUCCAACUUGUCAAGGGUUAAGGGACUUUAUUUGGAUGUUUUUUCCAUGAAAGAUCCAACAUUGGCUGCACUUUCGGUUUCUGUCACUCCGUUAAACUUCCAUGCCAUCGAGUCAGAAGCGAUGGCGAUUGCUGGUGUGUGGUCAAAUGCCAAAGCAUUACCAUCCAUAGAGGAUCAAUAUAAGUGGGAGAAUAAAAGAGUGGAAGCUACUGCGGAUAACUUAUUUUUCCACUACUACGAUCAUGAACAUUUAGUUCCAGACUUGGUCGAUAAGCUAUUUGAGCUGGCCCCCAAGAAGAGACAGCAUCCUCUACAGGAGGAUGGUAAGUUUCUUUCCGAAAUCGACGAAGCUUAUGCAUAUCAGGAGCUUUUGUUCUACCAAUUCAAACAUGGUUAUUUGAAUUCAGAUGAUAUGCAUGAAAGCUUUUCUAAGUUGUCGUUAUCCCUUCAAUAG